CUGUCUGACCUUGCAGAAAGAAGACACCAGACAUUUAGUCACCAGCCGAGACUCAGUGGUCGACAGUGUACAUAUUCCCAAUGACUUGUUGAUUAAAUAGAAAAUUAAACGGGUCACUGCCAUGGAGGAAGCCAACAAUGAGGAGGACAUUGAGUCCCUCAUCGCAGGAAUGGAGUAUCUCCCUGGCCACUUUCAUCUGGACCUCAAUCUGAACUGUGAGCCAAGGGGGCCAGGGGAGCUGCGAAGGAGGGACACCCAGUUGAAGGUGGACUCCCUGGUGGCAGAACUAGAGGCAGAGGAUGGGUACCUCAAGUAUGGUGUCCGUAACCUCCUGGGUCUCCUGGCUUUUCACCUGGACCAGCUGGAGAAGGCAGAGGAAACCUUCAUGAGCAUCUGCAAAGACGACCCACUGAACCUGAAUGCAUGGACCAACCUGGGCUACGUGUACGACCGCCUCCAGAGAGAGGUGGACGCAGUGGAGUGCACGGAGAAGGUUUCCCAGCUCAUGGGCCUGGAGGCUGGCGAGGUGGGUCAGGUGGAGUCCAGGCUUUCUGCGGCCCGGUGCCUGGCUGAGCAGGCCUAUGCCCAUCCCUAUGAUGUAGACCUGGACGGAGAGGAGGACUGGAGAGAGAGACUGGCUGCUGCCUUGACCCUGUACAACAGAGCACUGGCCUACGGGGGAGAGCUGAUACCAACAGCAGAAAAGAGAAGCUGGUAUUUCAAAAUGGCCACAAUUUAUAUAAGACUAGAUGAUAUUGUUAAGAACAAGGAGGACUCGGAGUACUCCAGGCUGUCGAACUACAACCAAGGACUAAAGCUGCUCACGAAGACCCUGAAGUCAGAGAAAACAUAUCACAAAGCUCUUGCCUGGUGUUAUAUUGGCAUUAUGUUGGAGAGGAAAGAAGAAUUCCCCACUGUGCCCAUGUCUGUACACGACUGUGGUUACUCCGAUUCUGAACCCCUGGGUUGUUAUGGAACAGCCAUAAAACUAGCUUCAGAUGAUGCAUUCAUCCUGAACCAGCUGGCCAAGGUUUUUUAUCUGAUGGGGAAACAUGAGAUGUCUACAGGGAUCUGUAACAUGGCCCUCAAUGUGCUACCUGACCCUGAACUCAACUGGCAGGCCUACUGCACCCGUGCCAAGAUCAAUGUGACGACGUAUGUGAGGGACCUGGAGAGGGCCAAACAGGGCCAGGGUGGGCUUCCCGACAGACACAACCUGACUGAAGCCAAGGCUGACUUGGACAUGGUCCUGAGUGUUCGCCCUUGUCUACGCACACACCUGGAGAUGGGACAGGUGUAUUACUACAUGGGGGUGGAUGCCCUCCAGGAGAGCCUGCUGGUGGAUGAGGGGGCGUUGAACAGAGCCCUGGUGUCCCUGUCGCAGGCCCUGCAGUGUGAUCUGGGGGACAGUCUUCCUGAUCUCCACCUCCUCCGGGGGCGCUGUCUCCUGCUGAAAGGCGAGGAACAGAACGCAGCCAACUGCUUCAUUAGGGCCCUGGAGCUGGAGAAACCUGGGUGCAGGGACACCACGGCUUUACGCUGCCUCCUGGAGGCCCUGCUGCGUCUGUUCACCCAGAGCGGCCCUGACUUAGUCCCAGCUAUCACCCAGCUGGAGGAGUGUGUACGGAGGGCCCAGAAGAUGUACCCAGAGGAUGCGGUGCAUGGCGAGCUGAGGUUCCUGUACAGGGCACACACCGCAGAGGUGACCGAUCUCUCCAGGGCUCUAAUCAGCCAAGGCAGGCUGGAGCUGGUCAGGAAGCUCCUGGAGACAGUGCAACCAAAAUGGCCAGCCAGGAAAAGACCACUGGCUAAGUCUAUAUCCAUGUGAAGGGGACUUAAAAUAUGUUGAUGCAACUUGCCGAUCUGACCUACCACAUUCCUUUUCUAAAGUGGUCCCAGUAUUACAGAAGACAAAGGCAUUUUACUGUGUCAGUUUCAAUGACGUUUGGAUUGUGUCAAAAAAACCUUUGUACUAAACAUGCCAUGUUCAGUGUGCACAACUGCC